UGUCUUUGUGGCCUGUCAGUUUGUGCGACUCGACUCUACCUGCUGUGGUUGUGGCAAUCAAGUUCUGCAAAACGACACUUCUGUUAUCACACUCACAUGAUUGAGCUUCAUCAUGGCUGGACACCUGCUGCUAGUCAUCUUCAUGUGUUCAUUUCCUCAGUUAAAAACACAAGCUCUUCUUCCACCUGCUCUGACAGUGGAUCCAGCAGUGAUCACAGAAACAGACUCAGUCACAGUGAACUGUCAGCUUCCAUCUGUUUCUGUGUCCAUGUGUUAUUUCCUCAUUAUGAGACAACGACCUGCCAAAGCACUCCCAUGUCUGCAGACUCUGACAGGAACUGAGCUGCUGAAGAUGUCACAUCAGAGUUCACCUGCUGAGGUUAAAGUCACAUGUUUUUACCUGAGUGGAUCACAAUCUCCUGAGAGUGCCGAGACCUCCAUCAUCAUUCGAACUUCUCAUCCACCUAAACUGACUGUGAAUCCACCUGUGAUCAAUGAGACAGACUCAGUCACAGUGCACUGUCAGCCUCCACCAUCUGUUUCAGUGUCUAAGUGUUUUUUCUUCACUCUGAGUGGAGAAAUAAGACUCUCCUGUCUGCAGACUCUGAUAGGAACUGAGCUGCUGAAGAUGGCACAACAGGAUUCACCUGCUGAGGUUAAACUCACAUGUUUCUACAUGUCAAAGUUCGGUGACAAGGAAUCUCCAUCUCCACACAGUGAGACAUCCUCCAUCACCAUACUCAGUCAGAAACCAAAGCUGAGUCUUCAUCAUUCUCCUGGGGAUUUGUUGCUCUUUACCUGCUCUCUGCCUGUAUCUGCUAAUCAUGAUACAAGAUGUCACCUUUACUUUGGAGAAGCAAGUCGUCCAGUUAAAACAAAAACCAUAAUGAGACAAACAAACAAAAAAAAACAGUCAUUUUGCCAGUUUUAUGUCAAUAUCCUUAAUGUUCUGAGUCAACUUCGUUUAGUUCAACAAAGCGAUGCCAGCUGUGAUUACACAUUAGGAGAUAAACCCGACUCUUUGUCUCCUCGGAGUGAUGGAUACAGCUUGACGUAUAUUCUGAAAAUAGAGUCAAACAGGAGCCCGACCAUGUCUGCAUUUACUAUGAACACAGGUCAGAAUAUUGACAGGCCUGCUUCCACUUCCAUUAGUCUUACAAAACAAACAUCAGGUACUGUUCUUCAUUCAGGUCUGACUGUUAGUACAACAAGUAACGUUGUCUCCACCUUCCUGACGUCUGUGAAACCACCAUCAGGUUUAAGUGUCAGUAAUCCUGACACUAAAGAAAACACUUUCCCUGAAAUCCCUCUGAAAACAACUUCAGGUUUAGGUGUCAGUAAUCCUGACACUAAAGAAAACACUUUCCCUGAAAUCCCUCUGAAAACAACUUCAGGAAAGUGGAUCUUGAAGUUUGCAGUCAUUGUAGCAGGUUGUGGAGUAACUGUGGGCGUAAUGUUUCUGGUCUCUGCAGCUCUCUGCAACAGAAGAAGAGCAGGUUCUGAGGAGCAGAAACGACAGGAGUCUGAAAGUCAUUGUUACGACACAUGUUAUUACGCCACAAUCUCUGAUGAGGCAGCUGCGACAGCGCAGAAGAACUUGGUGUACAGCACUGUGGAGGCUCUCUGAAGGACACCCUGCUUCAUACUGUACAAAGGGAGGGACAGCUUAAACGCCUACAUAUUUUUAACCUUUUGUUCAAAGUUGACCAAUCUGAUGAACUACUUACAUGAUUUUUUUCUUGGUUUAGUCAAAAUAUAAGACUACGCUGAAUUAUUUCAAAUUGUUGUGACUAGUGCUUAAAAAAUGCAUCUUGAUAUACUCAUAAAAGUAAGAACUGCUCUCAA